UUGGAACAACCACGUGGACGCCAUCUGAUUCUUUAAAAGAAAGGUCGAAGAAUCCGAAGAUCCCACUCUUGACACCUGGGGCUCUUAAUGAGACCAAGAUAACACAAGCACCUGCAGAAUAUGCCUCUGAGAUACGAGCUGACUCCAUCGAGGAGCGCAUCACUAGCAACGGUGUUUGA